CUGUUUCUUGUGAGUGUAAGGGAGAUUAUUGAUAGAGAAAGGGAUUACAGCAUAGAAAAGCUGCUAAUUAAAGAUGGUGAAUAGUUAUGGAGAAUAUUUAACUUCAGAGUUUGGGAUAUCUCCCAGCACUGCCAUAUUAACAGUCAUCAUUGGGUGCGUUUGCGUGUACAUGUUGGUGAAGCGUCAAUGGCAACCAAAGGAAAAGCGAAUGCUUCAGAGUUCAAAAGCACUUGCAGAACUGUACGGUGGAGAACUUGCAUGGAAGAGAUUGAACGAUUAUAAGGCAGCUUUGGCCAUUCCUGAUGACGCUUUGGAUCAAACUGGUCUCCUUUUGAAGGAUUUGCUUGCCGUGGAUGAUGAGCAACGCCUUGACUUGGACAAGAUUCAGAGCGUGGUGGAGAAGCUGGAAAUGGCGGGAAGGCAUGAAGGAGUGAGUAUACUGCAAUCAGCACAUGUCCGACAUUCUGAUAAAUCUUUUUUGGUUCAUGAGAUUGAAUUGGCACUUGUGGAAAUGCUUAUCUACAAGGGAAAACCUGAAGAAGCUUUGAAAUGGGAAUGCAUGGCCUAUCAAGAAAUUCAAUUCGAUGCUCGACCUCCAUUCUUCAAGGCAAUAAUAUAUGGAAUGAUGGGAAAUUGGGAAGAAGCAGCGCGAUAUUGGGAUGAAUUUGUGGAUGUGAGGGAUGGUCUUGUAUCAAUCGUUGGGGAAGGCUUUCUGCCAGCAGGAAGACUUCACAGAAUUUCUGAUUUCGAAAAGUUCAAAGGAAGAGUCCAAAAUCUCCUCAACGAAAUUAUCAAGGCAAAAAAGUGAAUUACCAGAUAUUUAAAAAAAUAAAUGA